GGCGUCCCGCCCCGUGGCGGACGGAGCUCUCAGUCUGGGGGUCGCGGGAGCCGCAUCUAGCAGGUAACAGCAGCAGCAGCAGCAAGCAACAGCAGCAAGCAACAGCAAGCAGCAGCAAGCAACAGCAAGCAACAGCAAGCAGCAAGCCAACAAGGCAGCGACGGAAUUAUAUUCCAGGGCAUCUCUGGCGGUCGCGACGACAGAAGAAGCCAUGGAGCUCGUGGGGGAUCAUCUCAAAGGCGCCGUGGCAUUCUACGAGUGGACUCUAACCUUCGCAGACAAGCGUGUGGCAGACUGGCCGCUCAUGCAAUCGCCGCUGCCCACGCUGGCCAUCUCGUCGCUCUACCUGCUCUUCGUGUGGCUCGGCCCCAAAUGGAUGCAGAACCGCGAAGCGUACCAGCUCCGUGUGCCACUCAUCAUCUACAACUUCGCCAUGGUCCUCCUCAACCUCUACAUCUUCCUCGAGCUCUUCCUGGGAGCGCGUGCUGCCGUGUACAGCUACAUCUGCCAGCCCGUCAACUACACGGACGACGUUAACGAGAUGAGGAUCGCGUCUGCCCUCUGGUGGUACUACGUGUCGAAGGGCAUCGAGUACCUUGACACGGUCCUCUUCAUUUUGCGUAAAAAGUUCAACCAGGUGACCUUCCUGCACGUGUACCACCACGCCACCAUGUUCACCCUGUGGUGGAUUGGCAUCAAGUGGGUCGCCGGAGGCCAGUCAUUCUUCGGCGCACACAUCAACUCCAUGGUGCACGUGGUGAUGUACACCUACUACGCCCUCUCCGCCUUCGGGCCAAAGAUGCAGCCCUACCUGUGGUGGAAGCGCUACCUCACCAUCAUUCAAAUGGUGCAGUUCCACCUGUCGACCUUCCAUACGGGCUACUCGCUCUACGUCGACUGCCCCUUCCCCAAGUGGAUGCACUGGUCGCUCAUCGCGUACUCCGUCUCCUUCAUCCUGCUCUUCGCCGACUUCUACUACCGCACGUACAUGAAGGCGCGCAGGGAGGCCGGCGCCAUUGGGGCGGCGGGCAAGCGGUCCAGGGGCGACAGAACCUUGGCUCGCGACGCCGCCGCCGCCGCCGCCAAAAACGGCGCCCUCGCCGACGACCUCUCCUCUGGCGCCGACGGGCCCAGGCGGGGGGGCGUGAGGGCCAACGGCGGGCGCCCCGCCGCGCCCGACGGCAAGGCCCACGCAGACAGGGCCGCUGCGAACGGCCGGCCGUCGCAGCAGCCCUCGGCCUCGAGCGGUGGCAAGAAGCAGAAAGCCAAGGCCAAGAAGGAGUAGAUUAAACCUCUUGUUUUUCCACUGUACAACCGAGCCGAGCCGGGGGCCGUGCCGAGCUUAGCCCCGUGCGCAGCUCGAGACGCACCACCAGAUUUUUUCUUUUUUUUUUUUUACACUGCGGGAGUCGAGCCCGUGCCAUGCCUCCGACGCCGCACAUCGAACGAGUCCGAGACGUGCGUCGGUGACGCGGCGACGCAGAGUCCGAGUCGUCGACUGGCCGACUGUCGCGCGCAAAGAACCCGUCGUUAAGCCCCGUCCCUGGCCCUGCUUGGCCCCCGUCCCCCCCCCUUCCUCAAGUACCCCGCCGAGCCAGAUUCGGACGUCCCUAGUUAGGCCGGCGUAGCACGGUUUGGUUCUGGCUCGGCACGGCAAAUAGCCGGUGUAAAAAGAGGGCCUCGCACCGGCUUGGCUUUGGAUGUGCCAGUGGAAAAAGGGGGGGGGGGGUUGCGGCGAUGGUUAGGGAUGGUUUGGUUUUCGUUUCGGCUGUGCAGGAUUAUCAUUGAGUUGUCGUGGCUGCUUUAGUUACUGCGGUGGGGGGGACGGGGGGGGGGUCCCAUUUGCGAGCCGCCGAUCCAGGUUGCCACUCUGGUGGGUUUGUUGUGGCAGGCAGGGCUCGCUGGAGCGCGCACCGCAUUCAUUCCUUGACCAAAUUCAAAAACCCGUCUGGAAGCCACCGCACUCAUUGUGGGAGCGAGGGGACGGUCCUGGAGUCCUCGCAAGCGGAGAGAGGGCGGCUGCGGCAGCAGCACAUCACAAUCAGUUCACCGAUUAGCGAAUACAUCAUUGCCCAAGUUUAAUUACAUACACGCAUUAUUGCAGCGGGCAGCCAUGCAGCUUAACAGAUUUACGAUCGCAGCCUUUAAAAAUGUUAUUACUUUUUUUUUAAUAUUUCGGCAGCUGUUCCGGUUUGCUUCGUUUUCCGGGGAUUACCCCAAGGUAUGGCUUCACGGGAUUUAUGUUUUGCUUGCAUGCGAUUGAAUUGACAUUUACAACGUGAAUCGUGGGCAAUCAUCGUCACGUCGAUUCGUCAGUUCUCGACGCUCGCAGUGCACGCAAGCAUCGAGACGUGCGUUUUAAAAAAAAAACUGCUGCGGAAUAUGUUACACAAUUUUACGUACAAAUAUUUCCCUUUUUUAGAAUCGUGGUCCAAACGAAGCACCAACACUUGGUGAACAGUACAAAUGAGAUCGGUGGGGGGGGGGGGGGGACAUACAUUAUUGGAUUGUAAUCAUGGCCUCUGAUAGUGGUUACAGCUCCACGACAGACCAAUGGGAGAGCUUUCGUGGUCGUUGUUCACUGCCGAGUUUUCCCAUCGCCCAUUCCAUUCCGCUCGGUAGCGCAUGUCCAGUCUGCUCUACGGUGGACGCACGCGCGCGAGAUGCCGUCGCAUCACGCGGGUUGACGAGGAUUUGCGUGGAUUUUCCGCUCGAGUGUCUGCGGCGGCGUUUCAUUUCAUUCGCAAGGGUUGGCCACUAGUGAAGCGACGUAAAAAAAAACACUAAACGGGGAUUUAGAAAAAAAAUAUAUAUUAUUAUAUACAACUGAACUUUGAAGCGAAAUUUGGGAGCAAGUGUUUUUAACGCCCUCGCUGUAAUUACACCGAGGUAGCGCUCUUUCACUCCCCCCUCCCCCCCGGUACGACAAACGGCGAGAGGUUUUAAAGUGGGGGCUGGCGAACGUCAAGCGCGUGACCGCUCGUCCACACGCACCCUGCUGUCGCUGUCGCGGGAGUGGCCGCGAUCCAAUUAGAAAUGCGCUGCCGCAUGCUGAUGUGUCGGAUGCGUUUCCCCUCGCUCUCGUAACCAACUCGUGCAGCUCGGAUGCUUGCGGGCGACGGAUGAACGUCGUCUUGCGGACAUGUCGGCGUCUUGUGGCCCUGGGCCCUGGUCUGGUUUGGCCCCCAUGGGCCGUGUCGGUUCCCCGCUCCAUGAUGUAAGCGUGACUUGUGAUGGCCGUAUGUACGCAUGUUUGUUGAACGUCUUUCGCACGGUGCGUAACCAACCGUGCUAAUCGGAGGUGCGGGGGAAGGACGACAAACUUAAACGCUUAAAGCAAGUUCUAAAGGAAUGAGUUUUUGAUUCGGAAUCUAGAUUGGAAACUCAUUUUUUUUUUUACUUCUGGACUGAUUUUAAAGGUGCAUAGCUGCUCCAGUGGCUUCCUCGUGAUGGGAGUGGCACGCGUGCGGCUGUAGUCCGGUGCUUCUCAACCUCCCUUCACCCCACGGCGCUCACUUCUGAGCUUCUUCGACCUUCACGGAACACCGAGCUCAACCCCCGUGCGUGCCCAUGCGCGGCCCUCAAUUCCCAGCGGGGAUGGGGCCUGCGGUGGGGCCCGUCUGCCGUGACGCGCACCAGCAGAGGGGUGGUGGGUGGGUGCUGGUUUGGCCACUGGAGGACACUGAGAAGGAGGAGAGUUCGCCAGUCCUCGCCUGGAAGGGGGGUGAGGUUAAUUCCUAGGAUUCUGAAAAUACCGUGGAGCGCCGAUUUGCGAAGCGCUGCUGUAGUCUUAAGGUCCUCGGAGCAGAUGUGCGUCCUGCGUGUGACGCUGGCGAUGACGGCCUGUGGUGAUGUUUUAUGCUGGAGCACCAAGGGCUCUUGCUCGAUGUUUGUGUCGUAGGAUUUGUAUUUUGUGAUAUCGGGUGCGAGUGUAAAAGUCACGCAUGAUGGGGGGGGGGGGAAAAUAAUUGUUUUAUAUUCUCAACUUUGAAGCGCACAUGCUUACCAGAUGUAGCUUUUUAACUGUUAUUAUGACUGGUUUUGUUUUCACAUUGUUGUGUUCUAUCUCCAAAUUACAAUAUUCACAUGUCUCUGAACGCAACCAGACCUGAUAAUAAUAAUAAAAUCUGUGCUUUUUAACCGAAACUCGCGUGCACGCACGACAACUCAGUGGUGGUGACGACACUACGGCGCUUGCACCAGGCGAGGUGCACUUUGAGGCCACAUCAAGUGUCAAAGGCUCGCUGAAAAGAGGUCACGGGACAGACCCAGGUGUUGUUAUAGGUUGACGGACUGGGAAGACUUUAAGAUGCAUCACUUUUAUUCCCCAGUGCCAACUUGCAGCGUUUUAGCCGCCCGGCACCCCGCUUAUAUUGGUUGUAGGGCGACUGUCUCGGUAGCGUCCUUUACGAGCCUCUUCCAGAGGCCGAGCUUGACACUGCUGGUACCAGUCAAUCUGCAAGUCCAAUCAACUCCAUCUUUUCUGUACCGCAUCAGCCCAUCUCUUCUCCAGCCUAUGCCGUGCCCAUUUAGCGCCCUCUAUCUGGCCAAACAGAAGCUGCCUGGGCAUGUGAUGGCUGGGAAAGUGGGCUUACAUGACCCAACCAACACAGCCUCGCUAGCCAGAGGAGUUCACUGAUGGGACUGUGUCCAGGUCUUGCAUGGAUCUGUGAACUCGUCACAAUCCAGUCGGCUAAACACACAUGCGCGCCACAUUUCUUGAUAUUUGUAGAGAUUCCUAUCUUAGGCAGUGACACAAGUAGGUUGCUAAGUUGUAUAUUUAGAGCUUGAGAGUAGAGCAAGGCUGAUUGAGUCGCUUAAUUGACUAAAUUAUAAUUGAUUUUCUGUUGUCAGUUUGGUUACUCAGACCUUAAAAAUGUCGGCCACCCAAACAUCCUGCUUUCUGAAGGCAUGAAACCCCCCCCCAGGAGCUGUUGUCUGCGCAAGCCGGUUGAUGAUUACCAAAUUCCACCCAUCACCUCCCAUCCAGAGACACACGUGGGAACGGAUGUGACGUUUUUUUCAAGCGAUUUUCGUGUCCAUAGGAGUUUUUUUGGGUUAGAUUGCAUAAAUCUAAAUGUGUCCGUUAAACCCACCACCACCCGGCACAGCCAAUUAGUGAAGUUGGUCACGUGAAUAAAGCGUGCCAAUUCUGUCGGAGAGGAAACGCACAUUUACAAUUCGACUACCGUAACAUUUCGCCAGUAAUUACAACCAGCAUCAUCAGGCGACAGCCAGAGUUGGGGAGGAUUCCUCCUGUUUCAGUAUUAAAUAGUGUUUUAAAUGUGUCGUCACUGACGCGAUCUCACCCAAAAAAAACCUCGAUGAUAUUGGUCGCGAAAGCAUACGUAUUUUCGUGUCCGAUUUAGUUUUAGUCGUGUAACUGAAACGAAUACUCUCUAAGAGAUUCCUGAAAUAAUCAGAUAGCCCAGCCCUGCCUUGAGUUCUCCCCCGAGUAUGCAUCGGGUUUUUUUCCCCCCCAGGCACUGCCGUAUCUUCCAUCCCAAGCGAAAUCAGGAAUGCGAAAUGAGUCCCAAAGCAGGACUCCCUUGAUUAAAAAAAAGAGUUGAGAUUCGGUGAAGCUUCAGAGGGCAGCGUUCCCCCCUCCCUCCCCCCAUCGUUGGUGCCCUCCACCACAGUUCCACCAAACGCCCACUUGAGGUGCCAGGCCCGUUGCGCACCCCACAUGCCGGAUGAUUAGCAUAGUGAGCAUUGCGAAGGCGUGGGUUGUGGUCGAGUUGGAACGUUUCGCUCGAAGCUCGCAGCAGCCAGCUUUUGUCCCAUGAAUACAAAGUGCGUCUGGUUGUAAGCCGCUGUAAAUAUUAAGCCCUUGUAGAGUCCAAGCAUAUAUACUGUGACUGCUUUAAAUUACCGUGAUUAAACUAUAUUAAUGUUUUUAUUGAACGUUAAUUUAUGAAGUUGUGGUUGUAGUACAGUGCUUGAUAAAUGCAAUGGCUUUCCUGUGUCGGUGCAUACAUCAGUUAAGUUUUUCUUUAUUUGAAGUUUUUUUUGUAAGUUAACUUUUUUCUUUUAAUCAUACCCCCCCCCCCAUGAGCAAUUGUGGGAUGAAUGAAUUGGAACCGGGAGGCGGAGCCGUCCUUAGGCCACAGCACAGCAGCCGCCCGCUCUGCCACUGGGAGUAUAUUGUUCUUUACGUGAUGGUCAAAGCCGAUUAUAUUGAGAUGCAAGAAAAAACUGAAUUUAAUUUUCGGUGAUUAUUAAUUGGUUUAUUUUGGCGGUUAUAUCGUAGUGUAGGAAUAAUGUAAAAAAUAAACAAUCAACCACUCGAUUAGAGCCAAUAAAACCACUUUGCCACAUGGGCAAAUGUGUGCCUGUUGAUUUGGUUUUUCACCAAACCGGCUACGUUAAAGCAAUCAAGAUUCCUUGUUAACUUUAUACCUACGCGAUUUGUCCCAAAAUAAACCAAUUAUGAAACAUAGUAUAGGUCGUGAGAGCCUCCGUGUAAAACUUUAUUUGCAAUGUUUAAAUGGUUUCUUUAAGGUCGAGCCCUCUGUGAAUCGGUACCUAUCCUCCGUCCGCGAGCCUCCUUACGAAUUGUUUGCAAUUAUAAUCGAACCGUGACCUGGGGUUGUGGAACGCACGUCACGGGUUUUGUUGUUUUCCGAAAUGGAUUGCUACGAUUAUGACUGCGCACCAUUAUUCUUUGCGUUAACUUUGCAUCAGUUUGUUACUGCUUUAUAAUACAAUUUGGGAACAACAUCCUACAAGGGGGGGGGGGGGGGGGCAAAGAGAUGCAGGUUAUUUUAACGGACGAUGUACAGAGGCUUGUUUGGCGAAUGAAUCCACUGCUGGAUGAAGUUCCUCUUUCCUCUCACCGUGCAUGGCCUGGACAGAAAUGGCCGUGUGGCUCUGGUGUGUGUGCGCGUUCAUGUUUGAACUUAUUUUGCACCGUACGUGGCCAUCCGUGCUGAUCAGUUUCUAAUUCGCAGUGCUCAUCGGUGAGCCACAGACAAAAUCGGCAACGCCACAUUUUAAAUGCCUUGGGUUUCCCUUAUAACACAGUAAAUUAACAUUACAGGGACGCUUCUACUUAGGCACAUUUGACGUACGAACUUUCAGAGAUACGAACAAACCUGUCCGUAUGUCCAGUUGCCGUUUCGGACCGAGACACAAGUUCAACUGCCGCGCAAUAAACGGUGGGGGUGGCAUCUACAGCUACAGAGCGUGAAGAACCAGUGGCAUUCUCCAUCUACAGGAGAUUAUACAACUUUUAAAGCCAUUCUCCGUGUUUAGUGUGCAUGCCGUACAACAUGUUUGGAGUUUACAGAAGUCAAGUUGGACUUACGAACAAAUCGACUUGCGAACAGACCUCUGGAACCUAACUCGUUAGUAAAUAGAGGAGUCCUUGGAGUACAAACUGAUGUACCAAUCCAUUCGGGUGCAAAGCAUAAACACCGUGACCCAUUGUUAUUUCCUUAGCAAUCGUUCAACCGCUGCAUUGUACAGAUUCGAUUUUUUUUUCAAUCAACAAAUCUGCAAAUGUGGCGGACCACAAUUCGGAGGAGUUUAAUGUUGAUUAGUAACUCUCCCAACUCCUUCCGAGUCGGGGGUUGAGCGCCAAGGCGGCGUGGGUGAUACGGCGUGGUUACUGUCCGGUGACACGCAAGGCAUCGGCGGGACGAUCGAUCGAACCGGUGACCAUCGGUUCGCACCGUCCGCCGCCCAGGAAACCCACCCGGCGCGUCACUACCACCAGGGCACUCUUUUCUGGCUCUCCCUGCAGCCCCUCCGCUCACUUCUGUUCGAGUCCCCCCCCCCCCACCACCAUUUAAAAAGGAAGGGUGGUUUAAUUAAACUGUGCCGUGUACAUAUAUACUUAACAUCGCCGCCGUGGUUUGGCUAUAACGAGUUGCGCGUGGGAUUGCACAAACUCGAAAUGUCGGGUUGGUCGCCGAAAUGCGCGCUUAAAAGAACAAUCGUGGACGUGGCUGACGGGUUCUCGUCGUCUUCGUCGUGUUACGUCGGGAUCGGUGGCAAGGAGUCGCCUGUAGCUCGUCUCAACUGUUGACGAUUCAAUAUCAAUAUAAACAUCAAAGGGGACACCCCUACAUUAUUCAUAAUCAACCUACGUGGACCCCCCCCAAUGAUCCCACCAUACAUUAACCAUGCUCUGUGACCGAGGCAUUGAGACUGUGAAAGAGGGGGAUGGUGUGGUAUGACCAUCAGAGUAAACCACUGUCAUCUGCGCUCCAUCAAUGGAGAAGCAGAAACCCCGAAAAUGACUCUCAGCCGAAUGUCCUCCACCUGGCUGGCGGACCUCGACUUUGUGCAUUUGGCUUCCUGAAUACAGGCAAGGGGGCCCGAGUCGGGGCACGGGGCUAUUUUAUUUAUUUUUAACACUGGCAUUGAAGCAUUUUCGUUGUUUCUUCUGUAAAUUAAUAUUCUAUCUCUUAUUAUUUAUCAUUGAUCUCUUAUUUGUCGUCUUCCUGUGAGGUCACAUCAAAUCCGUCCCUUUGCCAAGCUCGACCAAGGAAGCCCGAAUGAAUUUGAGACGAACAAACUAAAUUGAUGUAAUGUUCAAAGAUCUGUGGUCUUUAAGUAAAUAAAGAAAGUUCUCAAUCCGUUUCGAAAGAUAACAUAUGCGUGCAUUAAUAUGAAUGGAAGUCAGUUUGAACAAAUGUUACAUUAAAUUAAAUAACCCUACGUGAUUUUGUUAAAAUAACCACGUGUGCUGUGACUUUUGGGCCACCCUGUCUGUAUAAUGCACAAGAAUAGACGUGGGGGAGAUCCAGACUCGGAAUGUGAUGUGUGUGUGUACGCUUAACUUCUUACGCACCGUACGUAGCCAUCCGUGCCAGUUGUUAGGUGACUGGAAGCCACUCUAGGCUCGUUUUGCGGUUGUGCUGGAGAGCUCUCCCAUGCGUUUCCGUUUGUGAUCGUACCGGCAAAUUCGGGACCUAAAGAAGCUCCCGGCACCUGCGGCAAAACGUCGGAACAUCGCCUCGGGUCCUGCGCACGGCACAAGCCUGAAAGCACCUCGGGGGGACUUGAAGUCUUUUUAGAGUAUUGCUGAAUGCACACGCGUCAUUUUACUCGUGGCAAUGUCUGGGGAAAUAAAACUUGUGGUGUGGUUUUUAAUGUGUGUGUGUAAUGCUGUUGCUGCGACAUGCAUUAUUCCUGACGCUUAGCAGUGUAUCGCGAUGCUUAUUAAAGCAGACUGCCCAUUGA